AGCAUAAAACGACGCCGGUUUUGACGUUUGAUCGUGUAAACAUGAAAACCUAAUUAGUUCCUUCUUCCUUUCUGUUGUCGUUGCGACUCAUUAAUCCCCUCAAGGCCACCGUCACCGUCGCGUCGUCGAUCCCCUUACGCCCUGAUUCCGGCAACCGCCAUCACCGUUUCUCCUCGUCGCCGGAGGUAGUCGGUCCUCCUGGUGUUUCUCUCCUCUGUUCGCAGAAUCGUCGAAUCGCAUAGCGGGUCCGUCCUCUUCAUGCGUAUGUCUUUAAUUGCGACCUAGUACGAAUUUAAUAUCAGUAGCAACAAGUGUUACAGACGAAGAAUUGAACAAUUAUUUUUAAUCAAGGCUAAUUGGCCCCGGUGGUUUGCGGCAUUUUGGUGAAGCAAUGGCUGGAAAACAGGGUGGCGGCGAGGACUUGUCGGUUAACCUAGCUGGAAUGUCGAAGAACCAGCUCUACGAUAUCGUGUCUCAGAUGAAGAGUCUGAUAGAACAGAACCAGCAACAGGCCAGGCAGAUCCUAAUCCAAAACCCUACGUUGACCAAAGCGCUUUUCCAGGCCCAAAUUAUGCUUGGAAUGGUGCAAGCUCCUCAAGUGGUUCCAAAAGUCCAGCCAAUGGUUUUGCAGAACAAUCAGCAGUCAGUACAACCAGUACAACAACCAAAUACUCAGCCUGCUCCAUUAUUGCCCGGGCAUGGUGGGGCACAGGAUCAAGCAGGUGUAUCUCAAACACAGACUCCUAUGAGGAAACACCAUAAUCAAUCUUCAGUGCCGGUUUCAUCUGCUGUUCCUGCAAUGAGUCAUCAAUCUCAGCCCAUUUCUGCACAUUCUUUGCCAAUGCCACAACAGCCUAAAGGACAUCUUGCUCCCCAAGUGGCUCUUGCAUCGCUUCCACAAUCAUCACAACUUCCAAACAUACCUCCUCCUUCACUUCAUUCAUUGUCACAACCUCUUCAUCCUACUCAAAUGCCAACUGCUUCCAGUCAGUUACAGCAACCAUUGCAGUCACCUGGAUUUCCCCAUAUACCUAUGCAACAACAACUGCCACCGCAGAUUAGACCACCACCUGCAGUGCCAACCUUCCAUCCCCAAUAUCCCCCCCAAAUGGGUGCAAACUUAGGUUUUCAACAUGCUGGUGCAUCUCACAACCUUUCACAGUCUAUGUUUCAUCCAGGUUCAAAACCCACUGCUAGUGUUGGAUCUGCAUUCCCACAGGGUCAGACACAACUUCCAAGUCAAAAAUCAUCUCGGCCACCUUAUCAGGUUGGGAAUAUGCCUUUAGGGCCUGAUUUUGGCAAUCAAGCUGGAAAUGCUAUGCAAGUUGACAGAGGGUCUUCUUUGAUACCUGGUCCCUCAGAUAACCUAGCACAUCUUUCUGGUCCCCCUGGACCUCCAUAUGUAGUUUCUGGUCCGAUGGGUGCUGCUAAUCAGGCUCUUCGACCUCCUGCGUUGACACCAGAGAUGGAGAAAGCUCUGCUUCAACAGGUCAUGAGCCUCACACCAGAGCAGAUAAAUCUCCUGCCUCCAGAGCAAAGAAACCAAGUGCUGCAGCUACAGCAGAUGUUGCGUCAUUGAUGCAAUUCGCACGGUGAAAGUUAGGCAACCUUCGAUCCUUCCAGUUUGGCAGAGAUUGUUGUCUUAUAUCCAAACUGACUGGCUGCUAAGUUUUGUAGAAAUUAAUACAAGUUCAUGUAACAAAUUAGAGACCAUAGUAUUCUUUUCUUCUGGAAUUGGGCUCCAGUUAAAUAUCAGCCGUUUGUUGGUGGGUCUAUUUGCAAAACCUCUCCCCGUGUUCCGCAUUUAUUGUUAAUUUCACUUGCCCUGUUUUACCGGUUA